AUACAAUACUUAUACUAUUUUUAAAGAAUCAACACAGUUUUCUUAAGUAUGGAACGAAAUAAAAGUGGGCCCGGUACCAGAGGCCCCAAAUCAAAAAUUACUCAGCAACUUCCCGAUUCAUUCAUAGCUCUGGGAGCGAAGCAAUCAUCCCCUAGAGAUGAUCCCAAGAGAACUGUUCCUUUACCGAAGUCUUCAGUUAGUUCUCACAUACCAGGACCAUCCGGAAAAGCUCCAGUAGAUAAACUCAAAAGAGACGCAGGUAGUUCUGGGCUUGCCUCCGUAAACCCCGUAAAGAAAAUCAAGGUAAACAUUGCCGGCGCCCGUCCUAGCGGUUCAAGUUUAUUGCCUAUAGAGAGAAUAACAGUAGGCCAAGCAGAGCCGUGGGAAUCCCUCGUUCUUGAGUGUGAUUUAGGAGAAGCAUUUGACAACAUACUUACUCAGAUUAACAGCGAUAAUAUAGAUAAAGCGAUUGGUUAUGUAUUGGGAUUGAUCAAGAACAUGAGAACUCAACGAUCGAAACCCUGCAAAGUGACCUACUCUGUAUUAUUUUUGGUAGCCAGUUGUAAACCCGCAAUAUUCACCAACGAAUUGGUCAUAAACGCUAUGUUAAGUGUAUUACGAAGAGAUGUGAAUUCCGGAUUGAAAGCUGUUAAUAAAGGCAACCCGCAAGUGCAUCAGAUAUUUCUGAACUUAUUGGCAUUCGCUUAUUCGGAUAUUACGAAUUGGCCAGAAACGUUCGUUAAGUUGUAUGUUGAAGAUGCUGUCGGAGACAGAGUGUUUGUUGAUGCCCCAUUUUGCAAACCUUUUACAGACAAUAUCAUAACUGCGUUCAACACGAAAUCACCCCCAUCGUCUUUAUUAAAGUCCGAAUCAUGGACAUCUACAACCAGAGACACCUCCAGUCCUUUAACGGUUAACAGCAUCGAUGAAGACGAAGUUAUAAGCGAACAAAGAGGAAUCGUCGAAACGUGGACGUACAAAAUCUUCCCGAGGUUCACGCAAUCGCAGGAGAAAGUCGAGCAAAUCGUACUCGAGGCCAUCAAAGAGCAGCUGAUUAGGCGACAGCAACCCGAAGCGAUCACCAAAAACUUCGUAAAAUUCCUCAGCACCGCUUGCGGAUUGGUGGAGAUCCGCAUAAUAGCGGUGUCGCGAAUCGAAACGUGGCUGCACAACCACAAGCUGAUGAAACCGGCCCAAGAGCUGCUCGCUUACUUGUGCUACAAUUGCUCGGCGAGUUCCCAAAGAGACUUGGAAGUGAUAGCGCAAUUGAGCAAACUCCGCUUGAAGAACAAACCGAUAGUUAACUACUUCAAUAACUGUUUGCGAGAGAUGGUGUUUUCGUUUCCCGAGAACUUGUAUCCCUUGUUGAAAUACACAAUUUACAACGAGCUGAGCAACGCUCGUAACGCUAACAAUUUGAUCGUAGUCGGGGCUUUGUUUCAAGUAGCUCCCGAUCCAAGCGCGGACGCUUUUGCCGAUAUUUGCUUGGAACUUCUCCUCAACAAGGACGAUUAUUUGCGAUCCCUUCGAGCCUUACUCAAAGAAAUCAACCGAGUACUCAGACAGGAACUGAACCUGUUAACCGUCGUGCGCGCUCUGUUGCGCGAACGCAAAGAUUUCACGAGCGGCGUGCGAGAGCACGAGUUCCGCGAGAGAAUCUUCCUGUCGCUGGUCGAUCUGGCCUCGAUGGCGAUGCUGUUGUGCGUCGGGCCGGCCGUCAGGGACGCCGCGACGCAGAGCAAACGCGACGUCAACGUCCUCAAGGCGUUCCAAGGGCAGGUGAGCCAGAUACAAAGGGAGAGCGUUUCGUGGCUGCACGAUUCCGCCCUGCGAACCUACAGGCCGAAUUCGAAUGAUUUCAAUCACGCCUUGCACAAGGUGCUGUUCUUGGAGCAGCCCGAGCACUACUAUAAGGUCGACAAUUGGCCGGGCGAGAACGAAAGGAACUUGUUUUUGAGGCUAACAAGCGAGGUGCCGCUUCUACAAACCACCCUGUUGAGGAUCCUGUUGAUAGGCAUAUCGAAGGAGCAUCCGAUCAGCGCCCAAGAAAUCAUCGAGAUCACCGAUCAGUUGAUAAAGAGAUCGGCGAAUUUGCCGCAGGACUGCGCGCCGCCCAUAAUGGUCGAUAAAGUCGAGAUAAUAGAUUUCUUUUUCAAUUUAUGCAGCUACAAUUAUCCCGAAAACAUCACUCUACCCAUCGGCUACGUGCCGCCUAAACUGGCCAUCACUAACUUAUACUGGCGAGUGUGGUUGAUGCUGUUGAUUUUAGCCGCUCACAAUCCGUUAUCGUUCGGUAGUUUGGCUUGGAACAAGUACCCUACGUUGAAGAUGUUCAUGGAAAUGUGCAUAACGAAUCACUUUUCGUUUCCGCCGCCGACGAUGGCCUCCGUCGACGAGGACUACCAGUCGAAGGAGCAGCAGAUUCUCGCGUUGGAGAAGCAGGCGAUUCUGGAGUUCGAAUCGCAUUUGGCGGCGGCCAGUACGAAAAUGGAGAUCAACGAACAGACCAGCUUGUUGUUGCCGCAAUGCAUGGAACUGAGGCCGCAGGGCGACGCCCGACGUCCCCCGCAGAACGUGCUCGAUCUGUUGCAGACUUUGAACAAUUCACAUCGAUUGGGCCAUUUGUUAUGCAGAUCGAGACACCCGGAUUUCCUGCUAGAUAUAAUGUCGAGGCAAGGAGGUACAGCUCACAUGCCUUGGCUGGCCGAGCUCGUGCACAGUUCCGAGGGUGUUUUAGCCCACUUGCCAGUACAAUGUCUAUGCGAAUACCUGCUUUCCACAGCACCGGCCGAGAAAUUGACGAAACACGGGCAACUUUUAGCCCAUUUAAGGACCGUAGUAGACGGCAACGACGCGCAAAGCGCCUGCGAAGUAUUGGAGUAUUUAUUUAGAAGGUUAACGUCCGAUCACGGCGCGAAUCGAACUCAAGCGACCAAAGGUUUAGAUUUGAUUCUGGCGCCGGCCGAAGACGCGGACGCCGCCGACGAGGCGACGCCUUGGUUGACGCGGUACAUCGGUCGUUUCGCGCACUUCGCGCUCAUCAAGCCGGUUCUGGUGCAGUUCCUGCGGCAGGCCUUGCAGAUCGAGACCGAUCCGGCGAGGGUGUCCAGCUACAUCAAUUUCCUGGCAUCGCAAGACUUCGGCGAUUCCUUCAUCGAGCUGAACGAGCUGGUUACCGAUUUGUCUUCGGUGAUCAUCGAGAGACACAGCGUCGCUUCGUACGUGUUGCCCGGCGAGAAAAAUGCUACGUUGAAAAAUCUCCUGCGAAUAUUCCAUCUCUACACGCAAAAAGCAAAGGAAAAUUCGGAGGAAUCGUACGCCAUUCAUCAAAGUUACGGUAACGAGUAUGUGAUAGUGUCCUGGUCGUCGGGCGACGAAUGCCCUUUGCAACCUCUAAUUAUACAUGCAACUGUAGUACUAUUGACCUACGGGCCUUUGGAGGAUUUUGAACCUUUCGAAAUGCUGUUGAACAAUUGGUUUCCCGAUAACGCCGAACACCCAAGGGCAUAUUCGCCCGAAUCGUCCGAAACCACGUCUUAUCUACCCGAUUGGAUGAAAUUGCGGAUGAUACGCUCGAACGUGCCCCAUUUGGUAGACGCCGCUAUUGAGAAACUCGAACCGCCCAAACUCGUUCUGUUCAUUCAAUCUUUCGGCAUACCCACGAAUUCUAUAAGUAAACUGCUUCAUACGUUGGAUAAAGCCACGAUAUUAGAUCCGAAACUGGUCGUCGAUUCCGUUUUAGACAAAGCCUACAUGAUACAAUUAGUCGAGGUGCAAAACAAGAGAGGUGCCACAGGUGGGGAAAUAUUCGUGAAGGCUAUAGAAAUGCAAACCCCCGUCGUAGAGGACAUGGAAAUGGACGUCGACGUUGUGGUGAAAACGGAAUUACCGGCUUCUACGAAACGACAAGCAAUCGGAGCGAACGAAGCGGAUAUAGUUCGAAAUUUGAACGAUUUGUUCAAUCCACAUCAUCAGCAGGAUAAGAAUCGCAUCGCCUUGUCGUUGAUUAAGGACAUAACAUCCAAUCAAAAGCUGUCCCCGUUCGUCUUCGACUUCAUGAAAUCGGUACCAACAAACUACAUUCUACCGGUGACUUUGAAAUACAAUUCGACUUCGACUCUGCUGCGCCUCGUCCUCGCGGCCGGCCGGCCAGAUCCGGAGAAAGUGAAUUUCGCCAGGCGCCUGUUGAACGCCCUGCCCGACGACAAGCGUUGCGUCGCCGUCGUCCUGCGCCGGUACUUGCGCUCGACCGGCGAAGAAACCGCCAAAAUGGAAGUGGAUAGAGAGGAGAAAUGCCAGACGAUGCCUGACGCGGGAGAUAUGGGCGAGAAGCUGGGCAAAACUCUAAUGGAAGGUGAUGGUAGAGCCCAAACCACCGGUUUAAUCGUAGAUUGGUUGACUGCCAUCGAAUUGGAAAUCGCCAAUUCGGAUAAACACAAAUUACAAAUGGAGCUGUUGUUCUCGCGACAGAAGCUCCAAUUCAGACCGCUGCUGAUGUCGCUGGUUUUGCAACGGGCCAGCUGGAAGAUCCUCCACAACGUGAUGAUUUAUCUGUUGAAAAAUUACACUGAGCCGGUCGGCGAGAUCUGCCCCACGUCCGCUUUGGACUUCUUGGCAGCUCUGAUGAAGAGCCCCAAGUUGUGGCAGGGGCGCGACAAGGCCGUGCCGAAACAUCACCGAUUCGAGGACGUGCUGAAGUUGAAUUGCGAUCAAGUGUUGGUGAUGAUAAAGUACAUCAUAGAAGAAGCGAAGAUGAACGAGGAGAAUUGGAAAAGGAAAAUGGAGAGCCGCUUGCAAUUGGUGUUGAGAAGCAUAGGCGAUAACGCCGGUGUUAUAAUGAAAUCGCUACUACGUAACGCCGAUGAUAAAUACACGCUCGAGUUGAUUCUGAUGAUUUACAUGUCGUUGCCCUAUUCGAUACAAGACGGCAUCGAAGCCAAGCCGGAAACUUGCAACGAUGUAUACUCGAAGAACUGCCCGAGCACCGUCGACGAAAUAUCCCAUUGCCUGUUGAGCGCGCUGGCGGCGACGCCGCGCUCCAAGGACUGGUCGAAGCGCAGCCAAGAGCUGGAGUUGUGCGCCCGCAAACUGGCCGCCACGCAUCCGGUGCUCGUGCUGCGCCAGCUGCCGAUGCUCGCCGGCUGCCUGAAGGGCAGGGCGCAGUACGAGUGGGGCGUGCUCAAGUGCCGCGGCCAUUUCGCGCUCUUCGGCCAGAUCUUGGGCCUGGUCGAGUUGCUGCGGCCGCACGUCUUCGACCGGCCGGCGACGCUGCGCGAAUUGCUCGAUCCGUACUUUUUGCUGUUGCGCUACCACGGACACGGCAAGGAUUUGAACGCGCUCGUGACGAGGUUGGUGAAUUUCGUGCAGGAUUGGAUGGUGGUGGACGUGCGCGCCGCUUCCAAGUACCUGCAAGAAUACGGACCGUUAUUACACGACAUCCAGUUUAGCCAACCGGGCGUACGACCUCUAUUAUCGAGCGUUUCGCUGCCCACGUCUUCGGAUCAAGUCAGCCAAAGCGAAGUGCUAGUGGGUACUGUAACGCCGCCCGUGCAAGAAUCUUACCCGCAACACUGGCCUCAGCUAAAGCAGGCCCUUCAGCAACCCGACAACUACUCCGCGCUGCAGGAACUCGACUAUUUGACCAACAAACGGCCCCGGUGGUUGGCGGACGUGUCCCAGCACCUGUGCAAAUCGAUCGGUUCCCCGAACGGAUCGAUAAGAUCGUUGAGUCUCACGUUGGUCGUGAGAUGGUUGAAACACGAUCCGAGAGCGGCGGGAUCGGCCCUGCCCGCCGUUUUGGCCUGUCUGGAUAGCCGCAACGGCGACGUCGUCGACGCCGUGCUGGACAGAUUGCCGGAUUUGGUGGCGGUUAUGCAGGAGUACGCCAAGAUAAUAUUAACCAGGGCGUUUCGAUUGGGGAUGAAAGCCAAUAUAAAUUCGGCUAGUAGUAUUACAAAGUGCGUGGGACUAUUGAAUUUGCAGUACGGUUGUUGAUAUGUAUUUAUCGAGGAAUAUUUGUAUGUUUAACAAGACUUUGAUGUGGAAUAAAAUUAAAACC